CAUUACUUUUGUAUUUCGAAUCGUGCAACUGUGUUUCUGUAUGGAUUAACAAAAUCUUUUGAAUUCAGGCAAUUAAAAACAUUUGUGACAAAUGUAUAUUGUCAGAUUUUGUAAAAAGUGCCUGUAUGCAGAGAAAAACUAGUUCGAAAAAGGUUGUUUACUAAUUUCACGUCAUUUCAAACGUACAGUGCCAUUUUUCUUGGGCGAUAACUGUAAGUCGCACAUAACCUACAAAUCUCAGAGACCAUCGAAUGUUCUUAAAUAUUAAUUUAUUAUUUAUAAUAAAGUAAAAGUCAAUAUCAUCAUCCUAGCAAUACAUCCUAGCAAGUAACACUACCCAAGUGUAAAACUGGGAUCGAGUUAGCCUCCUGCGAAUGCUGCGACCAAUACUGUAUUAUACUCUGACAAGUCCUCCAAGUCGGAGUACACUCUUAUCAGCUGCUGCAAUUGGUCUUAAAUUGGAUAUUAAAGAUGUUAAUCUAGCUAAGAGGGAACAUCUUACACCGGAAUUUUUAAAGAUUAAUCCACAGCACACUUUGCCUACCUUGAAUGAUAAUGGAUUUAUCUUGUGGGACAGCCAUUCGAUAAAUACAUAUUUGGUUCGAAAAUACGCCAAAAAUGAUAAUCUUUAUCCAAAGGAUCCUGCCAUGAGAGCGAAAGUUGAUCAGUGCAUGUAUUUUGAUUGUGGAUCACUUUUUUAUGCCAUGUCAGUCAUUUUUAUUAGACCUAUUUUGUAUAAAGGCAAGAAGGGCAUUGAAGAAAGUGAAAUGUACUUAAUAAAAGAUGCUUAUAGAGUUUUAGAAAAAAUGCUAGAUGGUAAAGAAUGGUUAGUUGGAGAUUCAUACACAUUGGCUGAUAUUUCCAAUGUGUGCUCAAUUUCUACACUCGAGCUCCUCAAACCAUUUGACACUUAUCCAAAUAUUAAGGAAUGGGUUAAAAGAUGCGAGAAAAAUAUUCCCGGUUAUGUUGAAUGGAAUUUACCUGGUGUUGAAAAAUUUCGUCAAAUUAUGAAACUGCCAUCUUCAAAUUUGUAAGUGUUUGUUAUUAAGUGAAAGAAAAAAAUUGCGAAAAACAUUAUAUAUUUUUUUAUGUGAAAUAAAAAUUUACAUUUUCCUGUUGAAAUAAUUGUAAAGAGAUAGAAAAUAAAUUCACAUUUCUGGAUUUAAA